GAAUUGAGGAAACCGACCUCCGGCCCGGGACCGCGGGCCAAGAUGGCGACGUCCAGGUGGUGGCGGCGGCUGGUGCUCCGAGCUCCAGGACGGUCACUGCACGGCGCGGGCGCGACCGCAUCCGCGACCGCUGUCGGGGCUCCAGAUGUCAGCGUUGCAGAUGUCGCGGCAGCCCCUGUCGCGCGCUACCCGCCGAUCGUGGCCUCCCUGACUGCCAAAAGCAAGGCGGCACGCCAGCGGCGAGUGGAGCGGUGGCAGGCGACUGUGCACGCGGCCCAGUCCGCGGAGGAGAAGAUACGAAUCCUCACCAAGAUGCAGUUCAUGAAGUACGUGGUUUACCCGCAGACCUUCGCGCUGAACGCCGACCGCUGGUACCAGGGCUUCACCAAGACCGUGUACCUGUCGGGCCUGCCGCCGCCGGCCGCCCCGCCCGCGCAGGUCCUGGACCUGGCGACUCUGCGCGCCGCCGCGUGCGACUGCCUCCUGCAGGAGCACUUCUACCUGCGGCGCAAGGGGCCCGCGCCCCUCUACCGGGAGCGGGAGGCCCUCGCCUCGCCCUUCCUGGACCAGCUGGUGACCACCCUCGUGGGCCUGCUCAGCGCGCACAACCCGGUCCUGGCCGACGCCGCCCUCGAUUGUAAACGUCCAGUGCACUUCUACUGGUGGCGCGGUGAAGAAAUUAUUCGUCAUGGUCAUCGGAAAGGUCACGUUGAUGCCUUGAGAUACCAAAUAAACGAUACCCCUCACAACCAGAUUCGAAUGUCCAGACAGCUCCCAGAGUUUGUGCCACUGGAUUAUUCUGUACCUAUAGAAAUCCCUGUUAUGAAUUGUAAGCCAGACAAACUCCCAUUGUUCAAACGACAAUAUGAAAAUACCAUAUUUAUUGGGUCAAAGACGGCAGACCCAUACUGUUACGGUCACACGCAGUUUCACCUGUUGCCCGACAAGUUGAAACGGGAAAGGCUCUUGAGGCAGAACUGUGCUGAUCAGAUCGAAGCGGUGUUUCGAGCUAACGCCAUUGCAAGCCUUUUUGCUUGGACCGGAGCCCAGGCUGUGUAUCAAGGAUUCUGGAGCGAAGCGGAUGUCACCCGACCUUUUGUGUCUCAGGGCGUGAUCACAGAUGGGAAAUACUUUUCCUUCUUCUGCUACCAGCUAAACACUCUGGCGCUGACCGCACAAGCUGACCGAGAUAACACUCGUAAAAAUAUAUGUUGGGGGACACAAAGUACGCCUCUCUAUGAAGCCAUCGAAGGGGAUGACGUGAAAGGUUUUAACGAUGACGUGCUACUCCAGAUGGUUCACUUUCUCCUGAACAGGCCAACAGAGGGCGGGUCGCCGCUGCUGGAGCGCUAAGAAGAAGCCUUUGACUUGGGACCGCGGGAACGCUUAACUCCUACUGGAGCACAAUAAAAAUACACCUUACGUUAACCUGUGGUUAGACCUUUCAUCCAAAAUGUAUGCUGGCAAACUUAAUUUGAGUUCUAGUGUGUUGAUUUUAAAGCAGUUUUAUUUGUGCGUGACUAGCUGAUGAGAUUGAUUGAGCUUUGUUCAGUACCUGGUAUUGCAAGUGAUUUUAAAGGUGACUUGAGGGCACUAAUUCAAAUGGCGUGUGACUAUAUACAUGUUGUGUUAAUAUUUUUCCUUUUUAAAAUGUCUUUGUUAACCUGACAAUAGAAUUUUCAGAGUCCUAUUUAAACUCCUUAAAAAAUAAACAAUAUUUUGCAGAUGUAGGAAA